GAAAGUUCUGCUAACGCGUUCUUCUGUGGAAAAAAAAAAAAGAUAAAAAAGAAAAUGAAAAACCCUAGCUCUCUUGAUUUCCUCUGAAAUCGAGCGUCAUUUGGGUCAGAUCGUGGAAUUCCCAACGUACUGACUUUCUUGAUUUCGCUGUGAGAGAAAAAAGAGGAAAAGGAAAAAUUUUGCGAUCCAAUACUGCUUAGAAUUUUGCGUUUGAUAUUUCCGGUGACUAUUAUUAUUAGUAUUAUUAUUUUCAUGAUUGGAUCAAUAUCUCUGAUAAUUCAAAAGAUAUUGUAGUUUAGAGACAGAAACAUAGGCGAUGGGGUUAGGUUCGAAAAUGGAAGGAACUUCGGCCCCUGCGAAUAGGCGAGACCCGUACGAGGUAUUGUCUGUGUCGAGGGAUUCAACUGAUCAGGAAAUUAAAACCGCUUACAGAAAGCUUGCUCUCAAGUAUCAUCCGGACAAGAAUGCCAGCAAUCCUGAAGCUUCUGAACUUUUCAAGGAGGUUGCAUAUUCUUACAGCAUCUUAUCUGAUCCAGAGAAGAGAAGGCAGUAUGAUAGUACAGGAUUUGAGGCUCUCGAUGCUGAAGGCAUGGACAUGGAAAUUGACUUGUCAAACCUUGGAACAGUCAAUACGAUGUUUGCAGCUUUGUUCAGCAAGUUGGGCGUCCCUAUCAAGACUACAAUAUCUGCUAAUGUACUUGAAGAAGCUCUCAAUGGGACUGUUACCGUCAGACCCCUUCCAAUUGGAGCAUCAGUUAGUGGAAAGGUUGAGAAACAGUGUGCUCACUUUUUUGGUGUAACCAUCAAUGAGCAACAAGCUGAGGCAGGGAUUGUAGUAAGAGUUACUUCAACUGCGCAAAGCAAAUUUAAGUUACUCUAUUUCGAGCAUGAUGUAAAUGGUGGUUAUGGUUUAGCCCUACAGGAAGAUAGUGAGAAGACGGGCAAAGUGACAUCUGCAGGGAUGUAUUUUCUUCAUUUUCAAGUGUACAGGAUGGAUUCAACUGUAAAUGCAUUGGCUAUGGCUAAGGAUCCUGAAGCUGCUUUCUUUAAGAGGUUGGAAGGUCUUCAACCUUGUGAGGUCUUGGAACUAAAAGCUGGCACUCAUAUAUUCGCUGUUUAUGGAGAUAAUUUUUUCAAGACUGCUAGCUAUACAAUCGAAGCACUUUGUACAAAGUCAUAUGAAGAUACAACACAGAAGCUUAGAGACAUUGAGGCUCAGAUUUUAAGAAAGAGAAAUGAGCUUCGCCAAUUCGAGACCGAGUACCGGAAGGCAUUAGCACGUUUCCAAGAAGUGACCAACAGAUACAGCCAGGAGAAGCAAUCGGUAGAUGAGCUGCUGAAACAACGAGAUAAUAUCCACUCUACGUUCUCUGUCACUCGGACAGUGAAUAAUAGUGGGGCUGGCAGUGGAUUAAGUAAUGGAAGUGGCAAAUUCCCUGGUGAAGAUUCAAAGGCUGAUCAGAGUCCAGGGGAAGAUGGAGGCUCCGACGGAAAAGAUAAAUCAGCCAAAAAGAAAUGGUUUAAUCUCAAUUUAAAAGGAUCGGACAAGAAGCUCGGUUGAAAAGGUGCUUGAAGUUGGAACCAAUGUUUUUUAUUAUUUGGAAAGGGGUUCCUAUAUCCAUUUAUACAAAUUUUAAACGCCCGUUGCUUGCGGCUCGAGAGAGGUCCACCUUGUAUUGGUUUUCAAAUGUUCCUCUCUUCUGGUUCCCAAAAUGUUGUUCAUUAUGAUUUUAUUCCAUUAGAAAGGUAUAUGUACUAAUGUAUUUACACUUUUUCGAGAUGGGCCUGUUCAUGUAGGAAUUUGAAUCUUUGUAGUCUUCUUGAGCAUUCUUCUGGAUGCGUAAUCUUUUGUUGAGUUUGGUGUGUUGGUAUAUAAUCUGUAAAAAAAAAA